AUGAAUUUUGGUGAAAUAAACGGAAUGUCGAAAGAUAAGAACAAUAGUUCGUUCAACCCUGGGUCUAAUAAAUCUUUUCCGGACUUCAGAGAUCCUCUAGCGGACUUCCAUAAAUAUGUGCAGGGGCUUCAGACCCACCUCAAUGAGAAAGAUAUGACUAUCAAAAGAUUACAAAGCACUAUUGAAAGGCUUGAAAAUGAAAAGAAAAUGGGUUACAACUCGACAACGCACAAAUACUCAAAUUCAAGUUAUGACUAUCGGUCAAGAGAAACCGAGUUCAGAAGAGCAAUUGAUAGAGCAGUUGAUAGCCUCCUGGGAGGGGGAGUGGGGGAGCAUACUACUAAUCGACCACAUCCACAAUGGCAAAAGAAUAAUAUACCAGUUCAACAAGUAACAUCGCCUCUCACCACUCAAUCUUCCACUCCAGAUCGCUCUACUGAUGAGAAUUCUACUAGUGCAGCUAAUUCUAAAAAUUACGACAGUGCCCCUUUUGAAAGUAGUUUUCCUCCAUUUCAGCCAUCAAAUGAAUCAGAAUUGGCGCAGGACACACCAGAAGAAAGUUCAAGAGAUCAACAGAAUUAUAGUAACAAUAACAGCAGCACUAUCAACAGUGUCAGCAAUCAUAAUGUUAGUAAUGGCAUUGACGAAGUAAAAUCAAGUACUUCUACUUCCACAGCAGUUACUCCGACUGGUACUUCCAUGUCACCAAUGGGGACAAUGCAGCCGCAAGUCUUACGCAGUUUAUUCCCAGAAGAUGACGUCCGAGAGAUUCGACAAUCCCCAAAUAAAUCGUUUGCUCAUAUUGAUUUUAACAGUCUCGAUGCACUAAAUCGUGCAUUGAAAAAGCACGGAAUAGUAAUGAUCUCAUAA